AGACAGACCGAGUGACAGCCUCUGAGUCCCGGGGAAGAGCAUCACGGAGCCUCCGUGAAAAACGCCCUGCCGCACAGUCAAGAUGCCGAACAAAACCAAGAAGGAAAAGGAAACAACUAAAUCUGCCAAAAGCAGCACGAAGAACAGUAACACCAGCGGCGGGAAAGAUGCUGCCACAGAGAACUCAGACGAGUCCCAGCAGCAGCAGAGUGGCAGUAAGCGUCCCAGCAACAGCACACCUCCUCCCACUCAGCUCAACAAGAUCAAAUACUCUGGAGGUCCCCAGCUGGUGAAGAAGGAGCGCCGCCAGAGCUCGUCCCGCUUCAGUCUGACCAAGAACAGGGAGCUGCAGAAGCUACCUGCACUCAAAGAUGCCCCUCCGAUGGAGCGGGAGGAGCUCUUUGUCCAGAAGCUGCGUCAGUGCUGCGUGCUGUUCGACUUUGUCAGCGAUCCGCUCAGCGACCUCAAAUAUAAAGAGGUGAAGAGAGCGGGCCUCAACGAGAUGGUCGAGUACAUCACGCACAACAGUGACGUGGUGACCGAGUCCAUCUACCCCGAGGCCGUCAUCAUGUUUUCAGUGAACUUGUUCCGGACUCUUCCUCCGUCCUCCAACCCGACUGGAGCAGAGUUUGAUCCUGAGGAGGAUGAACCGACGCUGGAGGCGGCCUGGCCUCACCUGCAGCUGGUGUACGAGUUCUUCCUUCGCUUCCUGGAGUCUCCAGACUUCCAGCCAAACAUCGCCAAAAAAUACAUCGACCAAAAGUUCGUACUGUCGCUGCUGGAGCUGUUCGACAGCGAGGAUCCCAGAGAGAGAGACUUCCUGAAGACCAUCCUCCACCGCAUCUACGGCAAGUUCCUCGGCCUCCGAGCCUACAUCCGCCGCCAGAUCAACAACAUCUUCUACAGAUUUAUCUAUGAGACAGAACAUCACAAUGGCAUCGCUGAGCUGCUGGAGAUACUGGGGAGUAUAAUCAAUGGUUUUGCUUUACCACUGAAAGAAGAACACAAGAUGUUUCUGAUCAGAGUUCUUCUGCCGCUUCACAAAGUCAAGUCUCUCAGCGUCUACCACCCACAGCUGGCGUACUGUGUGGUUCAGUUCCUGGAGAAAGACAGCAGUCUGACAGAGCCGGUGAUCAUGGGUCUGCUGAAGUUCUGGCCAAAGACUCACAGUCCGAAAGAGGUGAUGUUCCUGAACGAGCUGGAGGAGAUCCUGGACGUCAUCGAGCCGUCAGAGUUCGUUAAAGUCCAGGAGCCGCUCUUCAGACAGCUCGCCAAGUGUGUCUCCAGCCCGCACUUCCAGGUGGCAGAGAGAGCUCUGUAUUACUGGAAUAACGAGUACAUCAUGAGUCUGAUCAGUGACAACGCUGCCAAGAUCCUCCCCAUCAUGUUUCCUGCCCUCUACAAGAACUCCAAGAGCCACUGGAACAAGACGAUCCACGGUCUGAUCUACAACGCUCUGAAGCUCUUCAUGGAGAUGAACCAGAAACUGUUUGAUGACUGCACACAGCAGUACAAGGCCGAGAAACAGAAAGAGAAAUAUAAGCUGAAGGAGCGAGAGGAGAUCUGGCACAAGAUAGAGGAGCUGGCCAGACAGAAUCCACAGAGCAACAAGCUCCACCCUCUCCGCCCUGGACUCCACCCACAGGACGAGUACAUGCUGUACAGCGACAGCACUGUGGCCGUGUACUCGAUGGAAACAGAGACUCCAACAGCUGAAGACAUCCAGCUGCUGAAGAAGACUGUGGAGAGCGAGGCCUCGCAGGGUCUGAAGGAUCUGAAGAAGGACAAGGUCCUGAUGAGGAGGAAGUCGGAGCUGCCGCAGGACGUCUACACCAUCAAAGCUCUGGAGGCUCACAAGAGAGCCGAGGAGUACCUGACAGCCAAUCAGGAGGCCCUCUGACCGGGGGGGGCGGUCCCCUCUGAGCCCGAUUCCGCCCCCCUCCCGUCCGUCUCUCUGGGGAGGAAGUUAAAGCUGUCGUGGAGAAACUGGUCUGGGGUCAGAUCAGGACGGAGCUGACGCUGCGUUCAAAGUAAAAAAAAAAAAAAAGAAAAAAAAAAAAAAAGAAAAAGCCUCUCACCUCUGCCCCCGGUGGCCGAUAACAAGUAGGACACUCUGUAGAAGCUCCGUCUGUCCACGUGGUGUUUGAAGUGUCAGCGGUCCGAUGUGAUGUUGCACCUUCAUCUCCGCUUCACGCACCUGCUGCUGUUUGUUGAAACGUUGCCACGCCGUUUGCACGUGCUAGACAUGAACGCUGCCAGGUGACCAGCUCGUGUGACGUUACCUGAACGCAGCGUCACGACCCUGAACGCAUCACCAACAGGCCUUUUCCACUGCGGGAACUACAAAGCCUGUGUCUCGAGGUGUAUCUGUUGUCUCUGGUUCUGCCUUUGCUUCCACUGUUUCCACUUGACAAGUGAAAUGCAGGUUUUACGCACGUCUGCUGUUUCAGCCUCCGUCCAAACUAAACUAACAGGCUUUUUUUUCCCCCCAAAACUAGUCUCAGUGUGUGAAUGUUAACGUGUAGCUCGGUGUUUCAGUGUGUUCGUGGAAAAGUGAGACUUUACCAAACGAAGAAGAAGGGAUCUACCUGUUUUCACGUUGUCCAGGUGUCUGACUGUAGACAGAGCUCGCCACCUGGGGACUCUGUCGGUGCGGACGCUGAUCGGUUUCACGUGAAAACAGCUUUUUAAGAAUUAGACGGCUCGGUGCGCCUGAAUUCAGGAGACGGACGAAUGGAGCAGAGACCGUCAGCUGCCGGUCUUUGUCAUACAUCACAGUAAACUGAAUAUAAUAAGAAUUUGGGUGUUGGAGACGUCACCUCUGACUCUACAAAGCUGUGAGGGGCCUUUUUUUAAACAAUGUUUAUACGUUUAAUAGAAUGAACGAUUAAUCAUUAGUUGCAGCUCUACUGACAGCCGGCCUGUCCUGAAGGACUGAGUCGGGUCUGGAGAGCUGGUCUGGAGUCGGUCUCUUCCACUCCCUGAUCCAUUCUGUCAAACUUCUUCUGCAGCUGGAGAUGAACACUCGUUCAUUUACUCGUGUAAAUGCAAAGAAAAUCAGCUCCACUUAUUCCGUUGUUGUCGAUUCUGCCGCUAAAGUUACGACAAUUGUCACAGUGGAAACACAAGGUAGAACCUAGAACCUAAACCUCGUAGGUUCUUUAGGUUCUGUGAAGCUCCAGGUUCCUGAAGUGGAAAACAGCUCCAGCACUUCACCUCUGUCCCGUGACACCUGAACGCAGCACAGAUGAGUUCACCGACUCACUCAGUUCUCCGACAGCCGCUCCACUCCAGAGCCCCACUCCCGCCACCUGACCCGACCAAUCACCUGUCAGCCUGGAUCUGAGGUGGACUCGAGACUGAAGCAGCUUUAGACGAACUGACGGCGACAAGGAGACAGUGAAUGUAGACGUCCAAUCAGAAUCCAGUAAAUCAGGGAGGGAGCUGUUCCCCCUGACAGAAGAAAAGUUUGAUACCAACGUGAUUUUUUUUUUUUAGGUUUCUCUGGUGCGUUUGUUUUAUUUUGAUGUGGGCGUUACGACACCUCGUCGGCGAGUUUUAACCAAUGAGAGACGUCGUUUGCAUGAGGGGUCGUUUCCUGUCAGAAACCGGUUCAGUGUUGUUUUGUCCUUUGUCCACUGGAAGCACUUAAAGAAAAAAACCUGGUCUGAAUGUUCUCCACGUUUCUGUCUGAGCGACGACGCUCCACCAAAACUGUAGGGAUGUAGCCGUCGCUCUUCAGGUCAAAGGUCCAACACAGACUCCUCCACCAGAGAGACGUUCAAGGGAUGUAGGAAAUUAUGCAACUGAAGAAGUAGCUCAGAUCUGAGCUGGUGCAAGUGUUUCAGUGUGAAUCCUCACCGUCAGUGUUUGUUGAAGCGUUAGUUUAAGCAACUGUUUCACAAAUGUACGAAUCCACAUCGACUCCCAAAGAAAAUGCCGCCGACUCCGACUCCACCCACGCAUUCCCGUGAAGACCGGGGUGGUGUUGAAUGUUCAUCUGUCCGGCUGCUGAACCAAACCACAUGAAAGUUUAUCAUAAUUUAAGUACUUAAGUAUUCACUGAUUUUGUUACAGGACCUAAUAAUCACAGAAUAUCAUAAAUGGGACGUUGUAACAAAUUCAGUUUACAACAAACACAAGUGUGAGAUUUUAUCCCAACAUGAUGAAAGCUGGGACGUCACACGUUGAGCAGAAUUAAAACCCGUGAGCGCUGAUAAACGUGAUUGAUUGUUUGUUUGUUGUACGUCUCACAGAGCAAAAGAAAACAUUCAGCAGUUUAUAUGGUAAAUUUUAAGUUUCACAAUUGAAAACAACAAAUUUAAACUUUUAAUCGUCUUUUUUUUAAGUUGAACCAGAUGUUACUGAUUAAUGUACAUGAAGGUUUUUCAGCUGCAGUUUUAAACUCAAAUCUUCUCUGAUCUCCGUCCUGUCUGUUCUUCUCACUGCAGACUCAGAUUCCCAUGAUCCUCUGCUGUGUAAAUUUUGUUUACUAAUCGUCUGGGGCACGUUCAGCUCCGAUAAAACCUCAAAGCCCGUUUCACACCGUUUC